AUGGUGUUAGCUGACUUGGGCUCUCGCUUGCGCAAUGCGCUCAGCUCCGUGGAGUCUGUUUCCGAGACCGAGGUCCAGGCCAUGAUAAAAGACAUCUGCACUGCUUUGCUUGAGAGUGACGUGAAUGUCAGAUUAGUCGCCAAGUUGAGAGACAGCAUUAGAAAUAAAAUCGCCCAGGAGAUCAAGAAAGAUACAGAGUCUGCCGCAAACAAGCGCAAGAAGCUCCAGAAAAUCGUCUUCGACGAGUUGUGUGGCCUUGUGGACUCACAUGAGGAACCUCCAAAACCAAAGAAGCUUAAUCGCGCAAAGACAAGCAACAAGCCAACGCGCCCGGGAAAGAAAUCAGUCAAGAAAGCUGCAGACUCCCACGUGAUCAUGUUCGUUGGAUUGCAAGGUGCUGGUAAGACGACCUCGUGUACAAAGUUGGCUGUAUACUAUAAACGUAGAGGAUUUAAGGUAGGUUUGGUGUGUGCGGAUACAUUCAGAGCUGGUGCGUUUGAUCAAUUAAAGCAGAAUGCCAUUAAGUCCCUGAUCCCAUUCUAUGGUUCCUACUUGGAGACAGAUCCUGUUAAGGUCGCCUCUGACGGUGUUAAAAAGUUCAAGGAGGAAAUGUUCGAUAUAAUCAUUGUCGAUACCUCUGGUCGUCAUAAACAAGAACAGUCUUUGUUCGAUGAAAUGAUUCAGAUUGGUGAGGCUGUCCAGCCCACUCAAACAAUCAUGGUGUUGGAUGCUGCGAUUGGUCAAGCCGCCGAGGGUCAAGCAAAGGCUUUCAAAGAGAGCGCAAACUUUGGAUCGAUUAUCUUAACAAAAUUGGACGGUCACGCAAAGGGUGGUGGUGCUAUCUCCGCUGUGGCUACAACCCAAACCCCAAUUGUUUUCAUUGGUACUGGUGAACAUGUGGGUGACUUCGAGGUGUUCAAGCCAACAUCUUUCAUUUCCAAGUUGCUUGGAAUUGGUGAUAUUCAAUCGUUGAUGGAGCAUGUUCAGUCUUUGAAUCUCCAGGAUGAUGAAAACCACCAGAAAUCCAUAGAAAACUUCAAGGAGGGUAAGUUUACCUUGAAGAAUUUCCAGACACAGAUGAACAACUUCCUAAAAAUGGGCCCUCUUACGAAUAUUGCUUCAAUGAUUCCUGGAAUGUCUAACAUUAUGAACCAAGUUGGAGAGGAGGAGACGAGCAAAAAGAUCAAAAACAUGAUCUACAUCAUGGACUCCAUGACUAACGCUGAAUUGGAGAGCGACGGCAGAAUUUUCGUGACCGAACCCGAGAGAAUAAUAAGAGUUGCCAGAGGAGCUGGGUGCACAGCCGUCGAGGUUGAAAUGGUGUUGCAACAGCAAAGAAUGAUGGCUUCCAUGGCUGGUGCCGCAAAGAAUAUGAACGCAGCCGGUGGUCAAGCCCCAGGAGUGGGAGGUGGUGCUAACAUGCAGCGUAUGAUGCAGCAAGCACAGUCUAACCCUAACUUCAUGCAACAAGCCAUGAGCAUGUUUGGCGGAGGUGGCGCUGGCGGGGCUGGCAACGGUGGAAUGCCUGACAUGUCUUCAUUGAUGAACAAUCCUCAAAUGAUCCAACAAGCUCAGCAAAUGAUGAGACUGAACCCCAAUUUGAUGCAACAAGCUCAACAAAUGAUGCAGAACCCAGGCAUGAUGCAGAAGAUGAUGCUGCAGUUUGGCGGCAUGGGCGGCAUGGGCGGCAUGGGCCAAUGA